GAAUGAACCCAGAGGUCGAACUUCACCUGCAAAGAAACUUCGCAUGGGCAAAACUACCAGCUAGCGUUAAACUCUCGUUCGGAAACAGCCACAAGGAAUGGGAGAAGGCCGUGGUCGAAUAUAAUGUCAAGAACCAGCGCCGAUGGAAAGGUAGCGUUGUACGUCAGGUCUUGAAAGAUGAGAAGAAAUAUUAUCAGGACCUGAUAGAAUACAGCAGGGCACAUCUCAUGUUGUAUCCCUAUCAUUUGAGCGAUGUUAUGGUGAAGGGGCUGCGUGUCACCCCGUUUGUCUACUAUACUAAAAUGAUGGAAACUAUCAUGGAGCAGGAGCGUAGUUAUGACUCGUUGCCCAACUUCACAGCUGCAGACUGCCUGCGAUUGCUGGGGAUUGGAAGGAAUCAGUAUAUAGACAUGAUGAAUCAGAGUAGAAAUAGGAGAUUCUUUAGGCGCCGCCCUGCUUCAGUGCUUCUACCUGUAAAACCCGUAGCUUUGCCUAUAAUUGAACCCUAUUGGACAAUACACAUAGGUUUAGUCACUGAGGAUGAUAUCAGAGCCUGCAACCCCACGGAAAAAUCGGUUAUAGAUACGCUGAUUGACACUGGAGGAUCAAAAGUGGGUGUUCUAGAUAAGGAUACUUGUUUGAGUCUCUACAGUCGAGGACUUGUGUACAUGUGUGUUCCAGUCAUGGACUCUGAUCUCAUCAUAGUUCCUCCUUUGGAGAACUUCGUCAUGAAUAGAGUUAUGGGAGAUUACUUUGAGAAUCUGCUCUACAAGAUCUUUGUAUCAAUAGAUGAGCACACUAAAGUUGGAGACCUGGCAGCAGUGUUAGAGGUUGAUGUUGAACUUGUUAAAAAUGCCAUCAGCAUGUACAUUAGACUUGGUUUCGCGAAAAAGAAGAGCAAAGAACAAAUGGAUAUGCAUGAAUCGUGGGGCUCUGUAGUCAAAAACACCAUCUCUGAAGACAUGUCCUCAUUUGCAGCACCGCUGGAACGACUAGAGAGUGAUGAGCUAUUUGAUUCUAAAGAACCUCCAGUCGUUGAUAAGAUCGCCCUGCUGAAACAACCGUCAGAGGAAGGAUACUCUAAACGCAUCGCUUUUCUGUUUGAUUCCACCCUCACCGCAUUUUUAAUGAUGGGUAACUUGUCUCCUGGUCUCAAGACUCACGCAGUAACCAUGUUUGAAGUGGGCAAACUAUCUGACGAAUCUUUAGACUCCUUUAUCGCAGAGCUCGAUAAAGUCACUGACACAGCCGAGGGCGAAGCAAAACGGUACUUUGACCACGCAUUCACGCUCCGAGACACUAUCCAGUUCCUCCGGUACAACGCAGCUAUAGACCCAGCUGGGGUUGGGGCUGGCGUAGACUUGCUUCGCUGUGAGAGUCUGAACAGUCUGGACGCGUCCACCUGCUCCCGGGUUCUUAACAAGAACUACAACCUGCUAAUCUCCAUGGCCCCACUUAGUAACGAGGUGAGGACGGUGAGCAGCAGCUCCCCCUACCACAUUGGACCCCCUGUUCCUGAAGUAAACAGUGUCUGGCUCAAGAUGUGGAUGUACCACAUAACGGGGUGUGGGCCUGUUUCCUUUCUCCUCGCUAAAGGAACUAGACUUCUUCACCUCCCUCCUGAACUCUAUCCUUAUGAUCGACUGAUGAUCACGACCUGGGGACAUGAGAGUACUAUUGUGAACACCAGCAAUGUGCUGAUGGCGCUCAAUGAAGCUCUGUCUCACUCUGCUGUUCUACUUCAAGCUUACAGUAAGAGAAAUGAAGCAGAAAUUGUGUAUGUCACCUUCCCGUUCGAUAAAAGUGACGUUAACAACACCGAAAAUGUUGAGGGAGAUAAUGUUGAGGGAGAUGAAAGUAAAAAACUAGAUUUGGUGGAUCACCCGGCACUUGUAAAACUGAGCAGCUGUGUAGACUUUGAUCACUCCUGUGGCUAUGUUACCUUCAUAAGCAGCUCUAAACAGUUCAGCGAGAGACAGGAUGAGUCACCUCCUAUCUGCAGUACUAAUGUCCACAUAGACUCGUUUGACGACUGGAAACUGCUGGACAUGUAUUUUGGAGUCCCGCUCUUCAGUUCUGAGGUAAACAAGCACACUUGUGAUUUGUUACUGUCCCGAAAACUGUGCACAGAAAAGAGUCUGAUAGCCUUGACAGACAGUCACAGGCAACUUGUUCUGUACCUGUUAGACUUUAUAUCAGAAUACCAACUUGUACCUCUAGCAGAGGAUGAUUACAGCGGCCCGGGGGAGGUCAAAUCUUUUGUUUGUCAGCAAAUGCCCGGCAUUAAUCUCCCUCCAGUUCCUUAUCCCACCAGAAACCUAAUGUUCUCCACUAAUAGCCUGACCGAGAUUACUGUUUAAUGAUUUUAAAUUUUGGAUAAAUAUAUCGCCUUUUAAAUUCCAUUUUAUGUUUUAUUUGACAUUUAAAUUUUCGACAGUACCUUAAAUUCUCUGUAGACUGCUGAUAUAUAUAAUGUUCAAUUUGUACAAUUUGUGGGAUCUCAGUAUUCUCUAAUUAUUUUCGUUUGCAUGUAUAAUCAAUUCGAUAGUUUCGUGAAUUAAAUAUAAUUUUAUGAUUUAUUUUGUAAAUUUUGCAAGAUUUUGUUUAUACAGGAGCACAGGUGCCCAA